CAUCACAUAACGUCACUAUGUUUAGACAACAUCACGCUUGCAGUCGCUAAAGAAACAAACACAGAAACAGCCAAAUGGGAGCGUUUUAUUGCUCUAUCUGCAGAAAAACAGAUUUUUCUGGAAAAGGACACAUUUAUGGGAAAAGCCACCAAAGCAAACUUAAAGUAAUUAUUGUCAAAUUCAUGGAGAAGAUCAAAGAAGCAAAGCGGACCAUUAAAAACCCUCAGGUAGAGAAAUACAGUCCUGAUCACGACGAGAAGUUCUGGUGUUACUGCUGCGCGCUGGAGGUGCAGAAACACGUGACUGACAGUAACAUCAGUGUGCUGUACGGAGGACUGCUGGAGCACAUGAGCACCCCAGAGCACCGGACAAACACACACAAGUUCUGGUGGGACAAUAAAGCAGAUCCCAAACUGCGAGACAAGUUUAUCAUAACAGAAGAGGCAACUGAGAGAUUCAAGUCUGAGGUUUCCAAGGCUCUGGAACAGUUUGAGGAAAAAGAGGAUGUGUUUAUUAAACAGCAAGCUGCAGUGAUCCGAUCCCAGGAGCAGCACAGACUGGAGGUCCUUCAGUCAGUAUCAGAGCCUGAUCCAGAACUGGAACAACCUGCUGAAGUGGACCAGCACAGCAGUAAACAUACAGCCAGAAGUUCCCACAGUCACUCUUAUGAAAUGGAGCCACAACCAGGGCCGAGCCACGAGGAUUUCACCUCACACGGUCAGUGGAAUGAACCAGGACUCGGCUUAACUUUCAUUGGUUACCAGGACACGUCCAGCAGUGGAAAUGUUCAUACUGGAGCUGUACCGCCGUGGCUACUGGAGGAGCCUGAUGAAGCCUCAGGCAGUGGACAGCAGGAAAUGGGCCCCUCACUUCAGGAGUUCCUCAAACACAAGGAGCAGGAGAAGCUCAAGAAGCUUCCGCCCAACCGUGUGGGUGCAAACUUUGACCACAGCUCACAUACUGACGCCAACUGGCUGCCAUCUUUUGGACGUGUGUGGAAUAGUGGCAGGCGCUGGCAGUCUAGGCAUCAGUUCAGAGAGGAAGAGGCAAAAACCAGGGGGAAGAGGAAGUGGGAAGGUGACGGAAAAGCAACAAAGAAGCAAAAAGACCUCAGUAAUGGAGAGUUAUGAAAUGGAUGCCCCAAAUAUACUGGCAGUGUCGGAAAGAUAGCAUAUAUAUUGGUUUUCUCAUAUUGAGAAUUAGUAUUUAAAGGACUUGACAACAGCUUGUGUAUUUCUGGAACAAUUUAGAAAGAAUUUUGACAAGAAAUGAACAUAAUUUGUGUUUCCAGUUUAUUGAAUACAUUUUUGCUACA